AUGGAUUCCCCUGGGAAAAGGAACCACACAGUAGUGACAGAGUUCAUUUUACUGGGCCUGACUGAUGACCCCGUUCUUCAAAUCAUCCUCUUCAUCCUCAUCCUCUGUAUCUACUUGGUGACCCUUCUUGGCAAUGUCAGCACAAUCACUCUGAUCAGAAUCUCCUCUCAGCUCCACCAUCCUAUGUAUCUUUUUCUGAGUCACUUGGCUUUUGCUGACAUGGGCUACUCAUCAUCUGUCACGCCCAACAUGCUUGUGAACUUCCUGGUGGAGACAAACACCAUCUCCUAUCUUGGGUGUGGCAUCCAGCUUGGAUCAGGUGCCUUCUUUGGAGCACUUGAGUGUGGUGUGUUGGCUGUCAUGGCAUAUGACCGCUUCAUGGCAAUCUGUAACCCACUGAUUUACUCCACCAAGAUGUCCACACAAGUCUGUGUCCAGUUACUGGUAGUGGCUUAUACAGGUGGCUUUUUUGAUGCUUUUUCCUAUUCAAUUUCUUUCUUCUCUUUCCAUUUCUGUGGGCCAAAUCAAGUGAAUCAUUUUUUCUGUGACUUUUCCCCUUUAGUUGAACUCUCCUGUUCUGACGUCAGUGUCCCUAUAAUUGUCUCCUCAUUUACUAUUGGUUUCAUCAUUGCAGUCACAGUGUGUGUCAUAACUGUCUCUUAUAUCUACAUCCUCAUCACCAUCCUGAGGAUGCGCUCUGCUGAGGGACGCCAGAAGGCCUUCUCCACCUGCUCUUCCCACCUCACUGCAGUCACUCUGUUCUAUGGGACCAUAACCUUCAUUUACGUGAUGCCCAAGUCCAGCUACUCAACUGACCAGAACAAGGUGGUGUCUGUGUUCUACUUAGUGGUGAUCCCCAUGUUAAACCCAAUCAUCUACAGCCUCAGGAACAAUGAGAUCAAGGGGGCUCUGAGGAAAGAGCUUGCUAGGAAAAUGUGUUCUUAG